UAGCACGGACUAACUGGUUUGCCUGGGCGUGGUGUGUCGCAGGUUGAAAGAAUUUUAUUCCGGCUGACAAGAUAUUAGAGAUUUGUUUCUGCGCCAUCGAGUCCGCGUACGGAGCAGGCACUGGCCCACCUGGUUCACGUUGCAUGAAGGGCAAAAUCCCAUUUGCUCCUCGAAAAGGCGAAUGCACCAGUGUUGAAACCAUGGAGAUCUGACAGUGUGCGCGCUUAAUAGUUGAAGAAUGCAGCACUUCAAUCAAAUGUACCAGUGCGCUCUGACGGCGGAACGAUGGUGAUUCUCGACAUUGGGACAACAGGAAUUAUCAGCCGAUCCGGGAUCGGCUGCCUUGUGGUCAGAGAGUGCGAACUAUGGUGACUAGCGUCGGGUUUGCUGGAUGUUCGUCUGAAGAUGGCCGGCCGGUUGGAAUGUUAAAUUGCGUUUAGAUCCUCCCGGGGAGAGUUGCAACUUCUCUCCUCAGCCGAGCCCAGUCGCGGCGACAGGCGCUGCCAGGAAUGCCGACAGAAUGGGAAGCACCUUAGGAUGUGUCCGAAAGCAGCAGGAGGCUGCGGGAGUAGAUCGGGAAAAAACUCCCUUCCCACCGCGGAAAAAGAUCAAAUUCAGGCGCUUCAGGAGAAAGAAGAAAGCCGCUUCGCGUUCCCGAGAAGCGGAGGGGAGGCUGCCGGGCAAUUCGUCUCCGUCGGCUGCGCGGCGGAUGAAAGGAGAUGGGGCACGUUUCUCUCCGGCUGGAGCUGCGGGGGGAUUAUCAACAGGCGCCAGUCUCGGUUCUGCCGCGGGGAACGGGGAGCCUGCUGAAGCCCUGUCAGGGCUCCGAAAUGCAUCGGAUCUCCCCAUCGGAGCGGCGGCAAGUCCGGGAAAAUCGGCAGAUUUCCUCGUGAAAGCCGGCGGAGAAAGUACGCAGCAGACGUUUUCAGUCAGGGCUGAAAUCCAGCCUUUUGGCGGACGCGUGAUGACACUUGAAACGGACCCGUGUUCGGGGGAAGAGCUCUGUGAAAGUGAAGUGAAAGAGUUGAUCUUCCCUGUACCCGUGUCCGGAGAUGAGGACCUGAAAGCGGGCAAGACAAUAAUUGCGAGCACCCCCGAGGCUGCUAAUGAAGUCGACGCAGGUCCCCCCUUCUCCGGAGAGUCGCCGGAGAAGCGAGCGCGGCUGGACUGGGACACACAUCACCCCAAUGUACUUGACGAGUCGCGUGUAACUUCACACGGUGAACGCGCGGAUAGCAAAAACGAUCAGCCAUCCUCGCACGGGGAAAACGAAGCUCUAGCAGAGUUAGCGAGGCAGUCUCCUUUAAAGAGGGACUUCACUGUGGAGCUACGGACCAGUAACACUCUCUUCUCCUCUGGUUACGGCAUCAGUUUGCCCUCCGCGGAAAUAAACGAAAGUGUGUCUGGAAAAACCAGCUGUAGAGACUUUGAGCUGUCUUCCUCCGUCCCUGAUGGCGAUACCUUGUCCAUUUCUGAAAUAGAGUUUGGGCUAUCGACCGGCAAUGAAGGUGACGAUAUCAGUUUGGAACAGAUUGCAAACCUAAGCCAGGAAAUGAUCUCAGAAAUUUAUGUGAGUGGAGAAUCUGGUGACAUGUCUGCUAAAGAGAAGCUGCUACUUUGGACACAGAAGUUGACAGAAGGCUAUUCUGGGUUGAAGUGCUCCAAUUUUACCUCCAGCUGGAGUGAUGGAAAAGUAUUUAAUGCUAUCAUACAUAAAUACAGACCAGACCUCAUAGAUAUGGAGAAAGUUUCAAUUCAAAGCAAUCAAGAGAAUCUGGAACAAGCUUUUGCAGUUGCUGAAGCACUUGGUGUUACACGACUAUUGGAUCCAGAAGAUGUUGAUGUUCCAUCUCCCGAUGAGAAGUCUGUGCUCACUUAUGUCUCCUCUAUUUAUGAAUCAUUCCCCAAGGUCCCAGAAGGUGGUGAAGGUAUUAGUGCAAAUGAGGUUGACUCGAAAUGGCAGGAAUACCAGAAUAAAAUAAACUACCUCUUCCAGUGGAUCAGGCAGCACAUCACACUAAUGUCUGAUAAAGCUUUUCCACACAAUCCUGUAGAACUUAAGGCACUUUAUAAUGAAUAUGUACAUUUUAAAGAAACUGAAUUACCAGCAAAAGAAGUAGAAAAGUCACAGAUACAGCAUUUAUAUAAAUUGCUUGAGGUUUGGAUCGAGUUUGGUCGAAUUUUGCUUCCCCAAGGUUACCACCCCAAUGAUGUGGAAGAAGAAUGGGGAAGACUGAUCAUUGAAAUGCUAGAUCGAGAGAAAGCCCUCCGACCUGCAGUAGAAAGGCUGGAACUACUACUGCAGAUUGCCAACAAAAUCCAAAAUGGAGCUUUAAACUGUGAGGAAAAGUUAACAUUGGCCAAAAAUACCCUGCAGGCUGAUAAUGCUCAUUUAGAAUCAAGUCAGCAGUUUCAGUAUGAAACAGAAGUGGUCAUGUACCUAGAAGAGUGUGAACGAAUAAUACGACAGCUACAAAUCGAUGUACAGAUUCUCCGAGAUGAGAAGUACUAUCAGGUGGAACAGAUUGUUAUGAGAAUCAUUAAACUGCAGGAUGAACUGGUGACGUUGAGGCUGGAGUGCACCAACUUGUAUAGAAAAGGACAUUUCAUCUCCACAGCAGACCACUUACAGCCUUUGAACCUGACUGCCACUGACUUAACAACUGAUGUUGGUUCCAGCAAUUUGCACAUCACCUCUCUCACAGGAUUUAAAAAACCCAUGACAAGGUCAGAAUUGAUUGCACUCUCUUCAACGCAAGAUGAAGGGAGCCUGCGAUUCGUCUAUGAGCUUUUGGCCUGGGUGGAGGAAGUACAGGUAAGACUUGAUCGAGCUGAGUGGGGCACUGACUUACCUAGUGUGGAAAAGCACCUUGAAGCACACAGGACUAUCCACACUGCUGUGGAAGAACUGGAUUCUAGCCUAAAAGAAGCUAAAAUUUAUGAAGGUCAAAUCUCUUCAAACUUCAAGACUAGUUAUUCAGAUACAUUAAGUAAACUGGAAGUACAAUACCUCAAGCUGCUGGAAACGUCAAGGUUGCGUUUGAGACACUUAUUAAGUCUGCACAGUUUUGUAUUGAAAGUGACCACAGAGCUUAUUUGGCUAAAUGAAAAGGAGGAGGAAGAAUUGGCUUAUGACUGGAGUGACAACAAUACAAAUAUCUCUUCCAAGAAGGAAUAUUUCAUUGAACUGAAGAAAGAACUGGAGCAAAAACAGGUGGUUAUCAAAUCCCACCAGGAGACAGGAGAACAGCUCUCACUGGAGAACCAUCCAGCCCGGCAGACGGUUGAGGCGUACAGUGCAGCACUUCAGACACAGUGGCUCUGGAUCAGGCAGCUGUGCUGCUGUGUGGAGCAACAUGUGAAAGAUAACACAGCCUACUUCCAGUUUUUAAGCGAUGUUAAGGAAGCAGAGCAAUAUCUACGGAACUUGCAGGAGACAAUAAGAAGAAAAUACAAGUGCGACCAGACCAGUAGUCUAUCAAAACUGGAGGAUCUACUUCAAGAUUCAAUGGAUGAAAAGGAGCAGCUGAUAAAGUACAAGAGUUGCAUAGCAGGUCUCGUCGGAAGGGCAAAAACAAUUGUUCAGUUGAAACCAAGAAAUCCCAAUAAUGUUCUCAAAGGCACAAUCCCAAUCAAGGCAAUCUGUGACUAUAGGCAAAUUGAGCCGCUUGGCACCAUGCAGCAUCCAUCUACUGGGAAGGUUACAGGGUCUGGGCCGCAGUCUUCACUCCAUUACCACUGUCAAUGUCAGUCCGGGAUUGGCCAACAGGAGAUCACGGUUUGUAAGAACGAUGAGUGUGUUCUGGAAGAUAACUCUCACCGAACCAAAUGGAAGGUUAUUAGCCCGACUGGUAAUGAAGCAAUGGUCCCAUCAGUAUGUUUUACAAUCCCUGCGCCCAACCAGGAGGCCAUAGAUACUGGCAGCAGAAUUGAACAGAUGUAUCAAAAUGUUAUGGCUUUGUGGCAUCAGCUGCAUAUUAAUAUGAAAAGUGUUGUGUCCUGGAACUACCUAGUGAAAGAUAUUGAAACUAUUCGCUCUUGGAACAAAGACACCUUUAAGACAGUGGAAGCAAGUGAACAGCAGCUGGUGAUGAAAAAUCUCCAGGUGCAUUAUGAGGAUUUCCUUGAAGACAGCCAGGAGUCGCAAGUAUUUUCCAUUGCUGACAGACUGCGGUUAGAGGAAGAGGUGGAUAGCUGUAAGGACCAUUAUGAGCAGCUACUGGUAACCAUGGAAACAGAAGAGAAAGACGAAACUCUCAGUAAGACAUGCAUCUCAGAACUGCAAAAUAUAUGUCUGCGCCUCGAAAAGUACAAAGAAAGGUUAAUACGGAGGCUUCAGGCUUCAGUAGAAGGGGAUGUCUUGCAAGAAAAUGCCCUCAGAAUGGCUCAACAGGAGCAUGUGCAGCAGGAACUAAAUGGGUUGAAAUCGGACCUGGAUGAGGUCACAAAGAAAUGUGAGACUUUGUUCUGUCAGUCUCCUUCUGCGGCUAGUAUCCCUGUCCUGCGCUCUGAGUUAGACCUAGUGGUACAGAAGAUGGAUCAAGUGCAUUCAUUAUCCUCAACCUACAUGGACAAACUGAAAACGGUGGACGUAAUGUUGAAAAGUAGCCAAGGAGCAGAGAUGCUGGUUAAAAUGUAUGAAAUGAAGCUGAGUGAAGAAGAUAUUGUUCCAGUAGAACUGGAAGCUGUUGGGGAACACAGACGGAUAUUACAGCAAUGGCUCAGUGAUGUGACUGAAAAGCACGAAGUCUUUUACUCGCUGGAAGAGGAAAUGCAACGAGCACAAACGGUUUGUAAACAUCUCUUUGAACUGCAUGGUGAGCGGAGCUUGGAUUUGGAACGAUACCAAGAAAAAGUGGUACAGCUGAAAGACCGCUGGCGAAAUAUCCAAACGCAGAUUGCAAACAGGGAAUCUGAGUUGGCGACCAUUGAGGAGCUGCUGAAGAAUUACAGGGGUUGCCAUCAGUCACUGAUAGACUGGAUUGAGGAGACUACUGCUCAGCAAGGCAAGAUGGAGCCGGGCAAGGCAGAAGACACGAAGAUCCUAUCAGAGCAGCUGAGUCAACAGACGGCAUUGGUUGCUGAAAUUGAAAAUAACCAAACAAAACUUGAUGAAUGCCAGACCCUGUCUAAACAGUACUCUGCAGCUGUGAAGGAUUAUGAACUGCAGUUGAUGACCUACAGAGCCUUUGUUGAAUCUCAUCAAAAAUCGCCCGUAAAACGCCGGAGAAUCCAUUCAUCAUCUGAUGUCAUUACCCAAGAGUUCAUGGAUCUGAGAACCCAAUAUACAGCACUAGUUACUCUAACAACUCAACAUGUGAAGUACAUCAGUGAUGCUUUGAGGCGACUGGAAGAAGAGGAAAAAGUUGUUGAGGAGGAAAAGCAGGAACACGUCGAGAAGCUGAAGGAACUCUUGGGCUGGGUUUUGAACACUGAUCAGAUGCUGAGAAACAAGGAAAUUGAAUCCGAAACAGCAGGGCUGGAAACCAUUGAGCAGUCAUUUUGUGAGCAGCAGGCAAUGACUGAAGAACUCAAUGCCAAGAGAGAUCAAGUAGCAGAAGCAAUUAAAACAGCACAGAUUUUUCUUGCCAAACAUGGACACAGAAUAUCUCCACAAGAACAGCAGCAGGUGACAUCACAAUUGAACACGCUGAAAGAAACCUAUGGCAAAUUGUGUGACCAGUCUGCAGAAGAGCUCCAGCGACUACAAAAUAAACUCACUCAUGAGGUGCAACGAAAGGAGUAUGAAACAAUUGCAGGUGUGAUUGACCUGGACACAGUAGAAAUCUUUUCCAUUUUCCGUGCCAUGCAGAAAGGUUUUAUAGACCAGGACACGGGCCUCGCUCUGCUGCAGAUUCAAGUGAUUAAUUCUGGCCUCCUGCUUCCUGAGACACAUGAAUGCCUGUCAGUGGAGCAAGCUUUAGAGAGAGGUGCAAUAGAUGGUCGAACAGCUGGAUCCUUGAAAGAACUACAGGCCGCCAUGGAGGUUUUGAAAAGCACGACUUUUAAAAACAACAAGCUGCUCCCCGUUGCUGCUGCUGUUGAAGAGAAUAAGAUUGAAGAGGAUAUCGGACUGAAAAUUUUGGAGAUGCAGCUCAGCUGUGGUUUUGAUAACCUAACAGCAGCUGAAGCUGUCAAUCUGGAGAAAGUUUUCCAACAGGGCCUGAUCACCACUUCCUUGCACUCUAAGAUGAAGGCAAGACAAAGAAUGCAAAAAAGUUUGAUUGAUCCCAAUACAGGAGAAAAGCUUGUGCUUCUGGAGCUGAUGCAACGAUGCAUUGUAGAUAAAGAAACUGGAUUAACUUUAUUUCCAAUAAAGCAGCUUGCAGGUGGGAUGAUAUGCCUGAAAUCGGGAAGAAAAGUCAGUAUAUUUCUUGCGAUCCAAGAAGGCCUGAUCGAUCGACAGGUGAUGGUUAGAAUGCUAGAGGCCCAGUUAUUCGCGGGAGGCAUAGUUGACCCCAGAACAGGGCACCGAUUAACAGUGGAUGAAGCAGUGAGACAUAAUCUCAUCGAACAUGAUAUAGCUUGUUCUAUAGUGAUCCGUCAGAUCCAGAUGGGUGGCAUUAUUGAUCCCGUCUCAGGCCAGCGACUGACUCUAGAUGAGGCUGUGCAGCGGGAUUUGAUGACUUCAAGGAGUGCGCUGGUUGUCCUGGAGUCGCUGCUGUCCUUUAAGGGCCUGCUGUGGCCAAAAUCUGGUGAGGUCCUUCCUGUGGCCAGUGCAUUGCAACAGGGCCUUGUCUCCGCUGAACUCGCGCAUACUAUCCUGAAGAAGAGACCCACUAUAUCAGGACUUUAUUUCCCAGAAACGACUGAGGUGCUGUCCUGGGAAGAAUCAGUUGAACGAGGAAUUUUAGAUGCCAAAUUUGUUGAACUGUUGAAGUCAAUUCGUCUUCUUGAUAUGAUACCGAAUAUGAAAGAACCUAGUUCCCCAAGCUUAGACAGAUUGAACUGGAGGACAUCAAGUGGAAUGCUGCCAAAUUCCAGUCCGAAAUCCCUGGAUGCAGACAACAGUACUGAAGCCUCAGAUGCUCAAAGAGCAGAAGAAAGAUUAUUGUCUUACAUAAUGGCCCAAAGCUACAUGAACGUGCACAAUGGCAACAGACUGCUUUUGAUUGAUGCCAAGUUAAAUGACAUCUCUACAGAAUUCAUAAAAGCUGCAGUAUUAAAAAGCAAAGAGAUGUCAGAAGAAUGCAAUAACGAAUAUGAUAGCACUGUGGAUUCUGUUGAAGUAAAAUAUCCACAUAAGCUGCUAUUAGAGCAAAAUGGCAGUGUGAAAGCAAGCGAUAAGUUAGAUCCUGAUUAUGGAAUGCACGAGAGACAAUCAGAUGGAUGGAUUAAGGAAAUUAGAAGCAGUGAGGAAAUACCAGUCAGGAGGAACGUGGAUUUUCCAGCCUGCAAGGAAACAAGUGAUCAGAUUGGAAUCUGUUGCGGGGAUAUUGUGGUUCAUGAGCAGCCAACAGCUGGAAGGGAGGAGAAGCCAGUGGAAUAUGACACUGGUGAAGAAGAAAACCUGAGCAUGGAUUCUGAAACUUCAUUACAUAGAAUGAGUGAUGAAAACCUUCAGCUGCCUUCACAGGAUCACGUUGCCAAUAAAUGUGAGAGAGGGGCCGGAGAUUUACAGACAGUUGACUCUCAACCUACUCCAGCCAGUUCAGUUUUGGGUGUUCCAACAUCAGCAGCUCACAGGUCAUUGCAAGAACCUCAGUGUAGUUUAUUACUAAACAACGAAGCCAAAUCCGUGAUAAGUGAGAGCUGGAUUGAGCCUGCUAAACCCCCCCAACACCAGAAAUUGGCAAUAAUUUCAAACGUAACAGAUGAUAGCUUGGAUAAUGAGUCCACAUUAAACGUUCUGAUUGACCAGCUUCAAAGGGGUGGUGUCAUUGAUGUGCAGACUGGACAAAGACUGGCACUGAAGGAAGCAGUGACCAAGGGGGCGCUACAGAGCCACACCGCUCUCAAACUAAUGGAAAAGCUGGGCAUCUUCAACGGCUUCUUUGACCCACAGACUUGUGAAACUCUGACCGUCGCUGAGGCUGUGGAUGAAGGGCUUGUUAAUGAACAGCUGAUUCAGAAGAUCUUGAACUCUGAGAAGGUCAUCUGUGGUGUGAUAUAUCCAGGCUGUGCUUCAGUGCAUUCGGUCAAGGAUGCAGCUGACGCUGGGCUUCUGGAUCAAGAGACUGCAGCAAGGAUCCUAGAGGGGCAGGUUGUUUCUGGCGGAAUCGUAGAUUUAAAGCGAGGCAAACAGUUGUCAGUGACUCUGGCAUCAAAAAUGGGCCUAGUAGAUAAAGUACAUCAGGAUAAUUUGAUAAAUGUAGAAAAGGCAACAAAAGGAAAAGGAUCUGAUGAAAGUGCAAAGCUGCGCAUGAUUGCUUUACAGAUGGAAAUGAAUGGCAUAGUGGAUCCACAAACAAAAGAACACCUAACUGUUGUUGAAGCAAGGAAAAGGGGAAUCAUCGAUAAACAAGCUGCUCUUAACAUUUUGAAGAAGCAGGUGGCUUUUGGUGGAGUUAAUCACCACCUGUCAGGAAUGAGGCUUUCUGUGACAGAUGCUAUUGAAUGUGGUCUGCUUGAUCAGGAUGUAGCCAAUGAAUUGAUUGAAGUAGAAAAAGCUAGUCAGCAGGCAAAGGAAAUGCAGGUAAUUACUUUAUCUGAAACAACAUCCUUUAGCCUAGAGGACGCUUUCGAAGUUGAAGAAGCCCAAGGACUGAGUGGAAGGAUGCAGGUGCCGGUAACUUCCAAAAUCUUGGCAUUAACACGAAAUUCAAAUCAAGGAAUAACAUCUGCACAAGCAAAAGCAAUGUCCUCUCCUGAGCAGAAUCAAGGGAUUGUGGCUCCUGACCAAUGUGUGGUGAUACCUUACUCAGAGCUGAUAAAGAAAGGGAAAAUAGACUUGGAAUCUGGCCAGAGAUACAUGGAAGCCAGAUAUUUCACAGGGGUUAUUGAUGGACUCACGGGCAAGAACUUAACAGUUGCUGAGGCAAUAAAGUCAAUGAUAGUGGAUCCAGUCCCUGCCAUGCGACUGCUGCAAGCCCAGGCUGAUACUGGUGGGAUUGUAGAUAGCACCACCGGAAACAGAAUGACUUUGAUGAAAGCUGCAGAACGUGAGCUGUUAGAUGACAAUAUGGUAAAGAUUAUAGCCACCAAUCAGCUUCUGGGUGGAGGAAUAAUUGAUCCACUCACUGGAGAUAGAGUCCCACUCAUUGAAGCAGCUGAAAGUGGGCUGAUAAGUUGUAAGGUGGCUGAGGAAAUCCAGUCCAGUGUGGGAUCUAUUCAUGAAAAUUCUUACCCUGACCUGGGCAUUGCGACAGAAACUGUAAUUAAACCAGUUGGGCAGAGUAUGUCUUUUGAAGAGACCUCCUCAGAUGAAGGGAGCCAGAUAUUAAACCCAAGAGUUGAAGAGGAUGACCAGUUGAGCAUUAGAGAUGAAAAUUCAGUGAUCAGUUAUAAACACCCAAUGCUGCUUUUACCUGACAACUCAGUGCCUUUAUCAUCUGAACUACUCUUAGAAAGUGCACUUGAUACAAAGGAUUCAUUUCCUGUCAAAUCGGUUGAUGAUAGAAUAUAUGCAUUACAUCACAGCAAAGAAGGAUUUGCCCCAGAAGCAAUAGUGUCCGUGGACACAGAGCCAAACUUGAGCAACUUGGGGAGAAGAGAGGAAGAAAUGGAGUUUGAUAAUUAUUCAAUAGACUGCUCCAAUACUGUGGCAGAUGUGCAGGAUGUCUUCAAUUUGGAAAUGACUGAGGCACAGCAAUUUAUGAAAGGAAAGGACGAUCAUUUUGCUGGUGAGAUACAAGUGGUGGUUUCUAGUGAUGCAGAGUAUGAGAGUGAUCAAGGAGUUUCUUUGACAAUGGAUCAAGAGCUGGAAGAAAUUGAGACAGGUGAAAGAAAAUCUUCCUUUCCAAGGAGGGAAGAGCUUCCCGGCUGCUUGCAGAAGGAAAUUGAAGAGUUGGCUGGACAAAGAAUGAUAGAUGAAAUUUCUGGAGGAUGCAUGUUUGAAGAUAAGAAAGAUGGAGAAAUGCUUUCAAAACAAAUAAAUGAGCCCAUUGCAAAGCACGUUCAUGAAAGUUCAAAACAAUUGCAGUCAUUUGUUGAAAUAACCAAAACUGAAGAGCCAAGUGGUAAAGUAAUGGAAGAGGAUUGUGUAUGUGACGAUAGAAAAUCGGCAGGAAAACUGAUAGAAGAUGAAAAUAAACUUCCCAGUGCUAGAAAACCAAUUGUGUCUCUUGUUCCCACAAAAAGCACGGAAUCCAAAGGUGUAUCAGCCUUGCAGUUAAGUGAAGGGUAUGAUCCAAUAAAAGCUGCAGAUGAACAGAGAAUAAAUAAAUUAACAGAAAAUACUAAAACAGACUUGGACCAAAACAUUGAUUCUGAUUUUGAAGCUGAUAAUAAAAGUACUCAAGUGAUGCUGAACCAAGACUUCCUACAGAAACAAAUUGAUGAACCAACGUUUAUGGCCGUGAAUGAACAAGCACAGGUUACCAACAAGGGAACUGAAAUUGUCAAGGACGAAACAGAAGAUACUGAGAAACAGCCAUUGUACAGUAAGCAGCAAUGCUUAGAGCACGGCGAAAAUCUUGUUUCUUUCCUCUCUCGUGUGCUGGACAUCGAGGUCAGAUUGAAACAGCAGAAGCCAUUUGGUACGAACCCCGCGAUGCUUCUUGAGCAAUUGUACUUGGCAGAGGGUUUCGAAGCCGAGCUCGAGAAGCUGUCAGUCCAGAUUGAUCAAGAGCUGAUAUUGAUUAAUGAGAUACUUCAAGGAUGCACACAAAAUGUACCCAGUCAGUUACUGAAGACACUUGAGAAAGACUCAAAAAGCUUGCUGACAGCGUUUACCUCAGUCCGUGAGGUGUCAAAAACUUGGCUUGGAGAUUUGAGAGACAUGCUGGCAACCAAAAAAGAGCUUAAUGAAUCUACAUCACACACUAAAGCAAAUAUUGCUGACUUGGAGUUUAAUUCGGAAUAUGCUCGAGACUCAAGACCACAACAGAUUGAACUGUUGCAUAAACAAUUAAAUGAGGGACACAAGUCACUCGUAGAUACGUAUGAAAAAAAUGAGGCACACACAGAAUCACCAGAUCUUCAACUUCAGGAUAAAAUACCUGUGGAAUCCAUGAAGUCUCGACAGGAGCAACGGGAGGAAUGCAAGCAGAAGUUGGACGAGAUCGGUACGUGGCUGUCUCAGGCAGCUAACAUGGUAGCUGGUCACCAGAUGGCAGUGAAUGAGUGUGACCUGCCAGCUCUUCACGAGCAACAGAAUGCGAUUCAGGCAUUACAAAAAGACAUGCAAUCGCGCGCUGCUGUUAUGGAGGAUGUGAUCAAAGCCACGGAACAUUUAUUGGAGGAAAACCAGGGAAAACUAGAUCCGGAAGAACUGGCGGAAGUUGAAACUAAACUGUUGGAAGUUAAAGCUCAGCACAAAGUCUUGAGUCAAAGUGCUGAGAAACUUCAGAAGCAAGUAGAUAGUGCCUUAACAAAAGCUGUCCAGCAAGAAACCGAAAAGGCCAAAGCAGAAGAGGAACUUGAAGAAAACAAGGUUAAAAUAGAGAGUCUUUUGGAGUGGCUGUCAGCCCUGGGACAGCAGGCAGUGUCGCAUUCCCAACAUGCAGGGCCCCAGGAGGAACAGGAUGAGAAGCGUGCACUUGGUAUCAGUGAAGAUGAAAUGGAUGCGCUAGGAAAUAGUUUACAACCGCAAGGCCAGAAUAAUGUCAUGGAUUCUCUCGCUGGGAUGGGAGGAAACCUGAGCCAGCAGCAACAGGCACUGAAGGAACAUCAUGAAAUGUUGUUAUCACAGCAGCAAGCUUUUGUAUUAGCGACACAGUCAGCUCAGUCCUUUCUGGACAAACAUGGCCAUAACCUUUCGCCAGAAGAGAAGAGACAACUGCAGAGUAAACUGAAUGAUUUGAAGGAGCAGUACGAGACAGCACUGUUACAUGCAGACACUCAGCUGAAACACGUUCAUGCCUUACAGGAAGAACUACAAAAGUUUCUAAAAGAUCAUGGUGAAUUUGAGGCCUGGCUAGUGCAGUCUGAGUAUGAUCUGGAAGAGUUGAAAGCUGGUGAAAUGGACUCCAAUUCAUUGCAAGUCAAACUCCAGAAACAGAAGUGCUUCUCUGAAGAUGUUAUUUCUCAUAAGGGCGAUCUAAGAUACAUCACAAUCUCAGGGCAAAAGGUUUUGGAUGCUGCUGAUGCUUUUGCUGAAGCUAACACAAGUGAAGGUUUCAAGGCCCCUAUCGACCCCUCGGUGACCAGCACCCUAGUGAAGGAGAAGUUAGAAGAUGCCAAAAGUCGCUAUAGCAUGCUUCAUUCCAAAUGUGGUAAACUUGGCACUCACCUUGCCAAUAUGUUGGAGAAAUCUGAGCAUUUCCAUGAGGUUGCUGAUGAGCUGAAUAUGUGGCUAAAUAACUCAGAGGCAACUGCAGAGAGGCUUCUAUUGGAAACAAUUUCUUCUGAUCCAGAAAAUUUGCAGAAGCAGCUUGAAGAUGUUAAGGUGCUCCAGGGGGAUAUAGCAGAACAUGAAGUCAGUGUGGAAAAGUUACAGAAAGCAGCAAAUUCCCUAAUGUCCUUGGAUGAUGACCUUGUUCCAAACCAGGAUCAAAUUCAACAAACAACAGAUUCCAUUGCACAGAGGUACAAGAACUUGUCGAAGGUCGUUUCAGAGCACGACAAGAAGUUGCAAGUGUCAAUCGCUCAGUCUCAAAAUGUUCAAGAAGGCUUGGAUAAUUUACUGAAUUGGUUGGAAGGUGUUGAAAAGAGUUUGAAAAAUCAGGAUAAUUUGCUGAUGUCAUCUGCAGCAGUCCAGGAUGCCCUUGCCCAAAACACUAAAUUAAAACAGGAUAUUGCUAGUCAUCAAAGCAGCAUUAACACCAUCCAGGAUAUGGUCCGUGGUUUUCUUGAAAACACCGAUGGAGCAACGGCUUCCUCACUGCAGGAGAAGCUUGAACGGUUGAACAGCCAAGUGCAAGCGGUGUGCAGUGAGCAGCAGGAGAAGGAGGAGAAGCUGAGAGAACUGCUCCCCAAAAUACAGCAAUUUGAGAAACUGGUGCAGAACGUCGGACAGUUCAUAGAAAUCAAGUCUCAGAGCCUGGCAGCUGGAGGAGAUCCCAAUAAAGAUAUUGCUCAUUUUUCACAGAAAAUGCUGGAUGCAAGCUCUGAAAUGGUGAAGCAAAGGGGAGACCUCCAGGCUCUACAGCAGCUAGCAGAAGAGCUGAGUGCAUUUGGCAUCUUAACAGAAAAAGGUCAGCUCACGGAGACUGUCAAAGACCUAACUAAAGGAUACAGAAAUCUAGAACUCACCAUUAAGAAGAGGGAGGAAGAGGCAGUGUCCUGCCAGCAGUCUCUGACCGAGUUCACUUCUCUGGUGGAAUCAGUUAGAAAAUGGUUAAAGGAAACAAAGGCAAACAUUCCAAAUUUUGAAUUGGCACUUAAUACAGACAUAAUCGAGCAACAGAUCCAGGAAGUAACGGUCCUGUUGGAAGACUGGUCAGCAAAAUCUCCACAAAUUCAAGAAAUAAACCAUAAAGGAACUGAGUUAGAAAGUCUCAUCAUGGAAAUAACAUCACCUGAUACAACUUUGUUAACUAGCAAAACAGGUUCUGUGAUGAUGAAUGGUGGGGUGACAGCACCUAGUGUGAAUGGGCACCACAGAAACAAAGAACUUGCAAAGAUUCAGCAGGACGUCGCCGAUGUGAACGACGACUAUAAAACCCUUGGUAGCAUGCUAAAGGAGUCUCAGGACCAUCUAAUGGCCACACUUAAUAAAAUGCAGGAGGUACAGGAAGAAACGGCCUCUAUCAUGAACUGGCUGGAAUUAAAAGAACAGACUUUAACCUCUUUAAGUUCACCGUCAAUCAAAACGCAAGCAAUGAAGGAGCAAGUGGAGCAAAACAAGGUUUAUCUUGCUGAGCUCGAACAGAAUUCUAGUAAGAUCGAUAAACUUAAAGGGGCAUUGAAAGACUUGCUGAAGAAAAAUCCAGACUCGCCAGAAGCUAAGAAGUGGACAGAAAUGCUUGAACAAAUAGAGUCAAAGUGGGCACGUGCCAAUCAGGCAAUAACUGAGAGGCAACAAAAACUAGAAGAAUCAGCAGAUCUUCUUUUAAGUUUCCAGAACACAGAAUCACAGCUCAGUCCAUGGUUAUCAGAAAAGGAAUUAAUGAUGAGUGUGCUCGGUCCUCUGUCAAUUGAUCCAAAUAUGCUCCGUGCCCAGAAGCAGCAAGUGCAGUUCAUGCUGAAGGAAUUUGAGACUCGCAAACCCCAAUAUGAACAUCUUAACCAAGCGGCACAGGGCAUACUCUGUGCACCUGGUGACGUGUGUCCUUCUGACAGCCUGGUGAGAGACCAGCUCAGAGCCAUCAACGACAAAUGGGAUAACCUGACUCAUCAGCUCAGCAAUCGUUCUGAUCAAAUUGAUCAGACCACAGCCAAGAGUACAGAGUACCAGGAGUUACUGCAGCAGCUCAGCGACAAAGUCAGGGUCCUCAAUAAUAAACUCAACUCUCAGUCGAUGGUCAGCACGCAGCCAGACGUCGUCAAACAGCAACUCGAAGAAAUCAGUGAAAUCCGUUCCGAGUUAGAACAGCAGAAGGAGCAGAUUGAAGAUGCCCAGAAUCUCUGUGAGGACCUGUCCUCCCUUAUUGGUGAACAGUAUUUAAAGGAUGAACUUCGGAAACGGCUGGAUGCAGUCUUGAUGCCAUUUAAUGGUCUUGAAGAGAGAGCAGGUGAUCGCAUAAACCAGCUUCAAACAACUCUGGCCAGUUCUCAGCAGUUUCAGCAAACUUUCGAUGAGCUCAAGCUGUGGCUGGAUGGGAAAUGCAGCGAGCAUACACAGAAACCUCUCGUGUCUGCGAACCUUGACACUUUACAAUCCCAAAUAAGUGAGCAAGAGGAGUUCCAAAAAAGUCUGAAUCAGCAUUCGGGUUCUUACGAGAUGAUCCUGGCUGAAGGAGAGUCCCUAGUUCGAAGUGCCCAAACAGGUGAAGAAAAGACGGGUCUUCAGAGUCAGUUGUCAGCUCUUAAAGGACAGUGGGAUGAGCUGUGGAAGCAGGCAGCAAGUAGACAUUCUAAGCUGAAAGACUGUGUUCAGAAAGCACAGAAGUACAGACAGUACAUGGAAGACCUGCUCCCAUGGGUAGAAGAAUGUGAAUUGAAGGUGAAAGAACUGGAGAUCACCAUUGACCCAACACAGUUGAACUCCUCUUUAGCUAAUGCAAAAGAUCUACAACACGAUGUGGACAAACGUCGCUCAUUGCUGGAGAUGAUGAACACUGCUGCAGACGUUCUUGUCGAUUCCUGUCAGGUGGAUGAAGAAGAUAUCAGAGAUGAGAAAACGGACAUAAACCAGAGGUUGGACCGUGUUACAGAGCAACUUCAAGUCAAAAGUGAAUCAAUUGAAGAAAUGGCUCAAAGACUGAAAGAAUUCCAAGACUCCCUGAAAAGUAUUCAGUUAAAACUUGAUGGUGCAAAACAACAGCUCGAAAUCUAUGAUGCUCUUGGAUCACAGGCCUGCAGUAAUAAGAACUUGGAGAAGCUGAGGACUCGUCAGGAAGCUCUUCAGAUCUUAGCGUCCCAGGUAGAAUAUCUGAGAGACCUUGCUCGAGGACUUGCAGAGGAUGCCCCUGAUGGUGCAGAUUCAUCACAGCUCCUUCAGCAGGCAGAAUUAGUUCAGCAAGAGUAUGGCGAUGUAAAGCAGAGGGUGGAUGAAAGCUGUCUGGCAAUGGAAAACAGACUUCAAGGAAUUGGUCAUUUCCAGAACCGUACUCGGGAAAUGUUUUCACGUCUUGCUGACUUGGAUGAUGAGCUGGACAGCAUGAGUCCCAUUGGGAGAGACGUGGACAGCCUGCAGUCGCAGACUGAUGAUGUUAGGCAGUUUAUGAGCAAGCUUAAAAAACUGAAGAAAGAUAUUGAGACUUCAGAAGAAGAAUGCAAACAGAUGCUGGAGGUGGAAGGCAGUCCAGACCUACAGGGACUGAAACGAGAGCUCGAAGCCUUGAACAAACAGUGUGGUAAACUACUCGAACGUGGAAGAAACAGACAAGAACAAGUGGAGGUGACCGUGGGACGCGUUGAAGAUUUCUAUGAAAAACUCAAAGAAUUAAAUAAUCUUCUUACCAAAACUGAAGAGGGUGAAGAAUUGCAAGGCAAUGUGGGUACAGAAGUUGAUAUCAUCAAUCAGCAGCUGGCAGACUUUAAGACAUUCCAAAAGGUUCAGGUGGAUCCUAUACAAUACAAACUCCAGCAGGCCAAUGCGGUAGGCCAGGGCCUUAUUCAGAGCGCAGCAAAGAAUACCAAUACACAAGGACUUGAACACGAUCUGGAUGAAACUAAUACCAGGUGGAACACACUCAACAAAAAGGUGGCAGAACGUAUAUCACAGUUGCAAGAAGCACUGUUACAUCGUGGAAAGUUCCAGGAUGCUUUGGAGCCUUUGUUGAGUUGGCUGACUGAUACAGAAGAGCUCAUUGCCAAUCAGAAACCUCCUUCAGCAGAAUAUAAAGUGGUGAAGGCACAAAUUCAGGAGCAGAAGCUCCUGCAGAGACUGCUAGAUGAUCGCAAAUCCACAGUGGAGAUUAUUAAGGCAGAGGGAGAGAGGAUUGCUGAGUCUGCCGAAACUGAAGAGAGGGAUAAGAUACAGAAACAACUGCAAAAUCUGCGAGAGAGAUGGGACAACUUGCUCAGCAAGGCUGCUGCAAGGCAGAAGCAGUUAGAGGAUAUUUUGGUGAUUGCAAAGCAGUUCCAUGAAACAGCAGAACCCCUGAAUGACUGGUUGACCAGCAAGGAGAAAAAAUUAGCCAAUUCUGAACCUGUCGGAACUCAAACCGCUAAAAUACAACAGCAAAUUGCACGCCAUAAGGCAUUAGAGGAUGACAUCACAAACCAAACGGAGAGCGUGCACCAGGCGGUCGAUGUCGGCCAGUUUCUCAUGACGUUGAGUGCAAAACCAGACCAGGAAAUGGUAGAGGACAAGUUGGAGUCUAUCCAGACUCGGUAUAGGGAGAUUAGGGACAAGUGCAGCCGAAAGGCAGUCCUGCUCCAGCAAGCCCUUGCCAAUGCCAAGAUCUUUGGAGAGGAGGAGGUGGAGGUGUUGAAUUGGCUGGCUGACGUUCAGGACAAACUGAGUCUAGUGGCCAUCAAAGAUUACAAACCUGACAUCCUGCUUAAACAACACAAAGAGCAGCUGGCUCUGAAUGAUGAGAUUAUAUCCCGGAAGAAGAAUGUAGAUCAAGCAGUUAGAAACGGGCAGGCCCUUCUUAAACAAACCACAGGUGAAGAGGUGAUCAUAAUUCAGGAGAAACUGGAUGGCAUUAAGAGUCGUUAUGCAGAGAUUACGACUUCUAGUUCCAGGGCGCUGAAAACGUUGGAGCAGGUCCUCCAACUUGCCACAAAGUUCCAGGCCUUCAAUGAAGAGCUUUGUGGCUGGCUCGAUUCAGUGGAAGCUGAACUUGCUGCAACCACUCCACAGUCACCAAUUGGAGAGCAGAUCCCACAGCUCCAUGAGAGACAGAAGGAGUUGAAGAAGGAAGUAAUGGAAUACAGGCUGGUCCUGGACACAAUCAAUGAAGUGAGCAACGCAUUACUGGAGCUGGUGCCAUGGAGAGCGCGCGAGGGUCUGGAUCGGCAAGUGGCAGAAGCCAACGAGCGCUACAGAACGGUCAGUGACACGGUGACACAGAAGGUCGAAGCUAUAGAUGCUGCCAUUCAGCGGUCACAGCAGUAUGAGCAGGCCACUGACUCCGAGCUUACCUGGGUGGCCGAAACUGUGCGAAAGUUAACAGCCUUGGGUCCAAUAAGGCUGGAACAAGAUCAGACAACAGCUCAACUGCAGGUGCAGAAGGCCUUUUCAAUUGACAUCAUACGGCAUAAGGAUUCCAUAGACGAGUUGGUAACUACGCAAGAUGAAAUUCUUGGUACCUGUGGAGACGAACAAAAGACUGCACUGCAGGAGAAGAUGAACUUACUACAGCAGCAAUACGAGAUGGUCAGUCAGAUGAACACUGAAAGGUACUCCCAACUGGAGCGGGCUCAGGUGUUGAUUAACCAGUUCUGGGAAACCUAUGAAGAGUUGUGUCCUUGGCUUGACGAGACCAGAAGUCUGAUAGCACAGCUCCCGCCACCAGCCGUUGACCAUGAGAUCUUGAAGCAACAGCAGGAAGAAAUGAGGCAACUCCGUGAAUCAAUCUCUGAGCACAAGCCUCACAUUGAUAAGCUAAUGAAGAUUGGGCCUCAGUUAAUGGUAUUGAAUCCAGAUGAGGGUAAAAUGGUCCAUGAGAAACAUACCACGGCAGAAGCCCUCUACACUAAAAUAAAACACGAUGCACGAGAGAGGGCUUUGGCAUUGGAUGAAGCAAUCUCGCAGUCUGCUCAGUUUCACGAUAAGAUUGACCCAAUGCUGGAGUCCCUGGGGCACAUUGCUGACCGGGUGCGGAUGCCUCCUUCAAUACCGGCUGAGGUUGAGAAGAUCCGAGAGCACAUCAGCGAGAAUAAAAACAUUGCAAUGGAACUCGAGAAACUCCAACCAUCUUUUGAAGCUCUUAAACGCCGCGGAGAGGAGCUGAUCAGUAGGUCAUCUGGAGCAGAGGAGGAUCCUGCUGCUAAAGCCAUUCAGGACAAGUUGAAUGAAAUGGUAUUUUACUGGGAAGAUAUCAAAGCCCGAGGUGAGGAGAGGGAUACUAAGCUUCUCGAUGUACUUGACCUUGCUGAGAAGUUCUGGUAUGAUAUGGCUGCCCUGAUGACUACCAUUAAGGACACACAGGAAAUAGUUCGAGACCUGGAGAGUCCUGGUAUCGAUCCUUCAAUCAUUAAACAACAACAGGAGGCUGCAGAGACAAUCAAAGAGGAGACAGAUGGACUUCACGAGGAACUGGAGUUUGUGCGAAUCUUGGGAGCAGACCUCAUCUUUGCCUGUGGAGAACUGGAAAAACCUGAAGUGAAAAAAAGUAUUGAUGAGCUCAAUAAUACCUGGGAUAACCUGAACAAAACCUGGAAGGAGCGAAUGGACAGACUGGAAGAAGCCAUGCAAGCAGCUGUCCAAUACCAAGAUGCACUGCAAGCAAUGUUCGACUGGCUGGAUAACACAGUAAUAAAACUGGGUGAAAUGUCUCCAGUUGGCACAGAUAUCAGCACUGUCAAGCAGCAAAUAAACGAAAUGAAGGAAUUUAAAAUGGAGGUGUACCAGCAGCAAAUAGAGAUGGAAAAACUUAACCACCAGGGGGAGCUCCUACUGAAGAAAGCCUCAGAUGAGACUGACCAAGACAUAAUUCAACAGCCACUCAAUGAACUCCAGCAUCUCUGGGAAGAUCUGGGAGAGAAGAUCAUUAACAGACAGCACAAAGUGGAGGGCGCACUGUUGGCACUGGGUCAGUUUCAACAUGCACUGGCUGAACUUAUGACCUGGUUGAACCAUACUGAGGAGCUCCUGGAUGGACAAAGACCAAUCACUGGAGACCCAAAGGCCAUAGAGAUCGAACUGGCAAAACAUCACGUCCUGAAAAAUGACGUCCUUGCACAUAAAUCAACAGUUGACACUGUUAAUAAAGCUGGUAAUGAACUUCUGGAAUCAAGCGCAGGGGAGGAUGCCAAUAACCUAAAGCAUCGACUAGACACCCUGAAUCAGAGUUGGCAGAACCUGCUCAGGAAAACUGAAGGGAGAGAGCAGCAACUGGAGGCUGCCCUGCAGCAGGCUGAAGGAUUUCAUAGUGAGAUUGACGACUUCUUGCAAUGGCUGAGUCGGGUUGAGAAUCAAUUGGCAGUGUCAAAAUCAACUGGAGGUUUACCUGAGACGGCUCGGGAACAGCUCAAUGCACACUUGGACCUUUAUGGGGAAUUCCAUGCUCAUGAGGAAACGUACAAGAACUUGCACGAUAAAGGUCGACUGUUGCUGAGUAGCCGUGAUGACGCCUCAGGAUCCAAUGUUGAACAGUGUGUGGCCUUAUUAGAACAGAAAUGGCAAUCGAUGAGCACUAAGAUGGAGGAAAGGAAGACCAAGCUGGAAGAGGCUCUCAAUCUCGCAACAGAAUUCCAGAAUUCUUUACAGGAUUUCAUUAACUGGCUUACGCAGGCAGAGCAGAGCCUGAACAUUGCUGCUCCUCCUAGUCUUAUACUCGAUACCGUCCUCUUCCAGAUGGAUGAACACAAGAUUUUUGCCAAUGAAGUGAAUUCUCAUCGAGAUCAAAUCAUUGACCUGGAUAAAACUGGAAAUCAGCUGAAGUUCCUCAGCCAGAAACAGGAUGUGGUCCUGAUAAAGAAUCUUCUGUUUAGUGUGCAAUCACGCUGGGAGAAAGUGGUGCAGCGCUCUGUUGAGAGAGGAAGGGCGCUCGAUGAGGCCAGGAAGCGUGCAAAGCAGUUCUAUGAAGCAUGGAAAAAGCUGAUCGACUGGCUGGAGGAAGCGGAAAACAAUCUGGAUACGGACCUUGAAAUCUCCAAUGACCCGGAUAAGAUCAAACUGCAGCUCACAAAGCACAAGGAUUUUCAGAAAACGCUGGGUGGGAAACAGCCAGUGUACGACACCACAAUCCGAAUGGGCCGCUCAAUGAAAGAUAAGGCUUCCCACGAGGAUGAUCGGCAGAAAUUGGAUAAUCUCCUUGGAGAAGUCCGGGACAAGUGGGACACCGUCUGCGGCAAAUCAGUUGAAAGGCAGCACAAGCUGGAAGAGGCUCUUCUGUUUUCAGGACAGUUUACUGAUGCUCUCCAGGCAUUAGUGGAUUGGCUGUACAAGGUUGAGCCACAGUUGGCUGAAGAUCAACCUGUCCACGGAGAUCUUGAUCUGGUGAUGAACUUGAUGGAUGCUCAUAAGGUUUUCCAGAAGGAACUCGGCAAGCGCACAAGUAGUGUUCAGGUCCUGAAACGGUCAGCUCGUGAACUGAUUGAGAACAGCCACGACGACACAACCUGGGUGAAAGUUCAACUACAGGAACUGAGUAUACGAUGGGACACAGUGUGCAAACUCUCAGUGUCUAAGCAGACACGGCUUGAGCAGGCUCUUAAGCAGGCAGAGGAGUUCCGCAGUGCUGUCCAUAUGCUACUGGAGUGGCUUUCUGAGGCAGAGCAAUCGCUUCGAUUCCGGGGCGUCCUACCAGAUGAUGUGGAAGCUCUGCAGUCCUUGAUUGAUUUGCACAAGGAAUUUAUGAAGAAAGUGGAGGAGAAGCGUGUCGAUGUCAAUAAGGCAGCUGGCAUGGGGGAAGCCAUUUUAGCCGUGUGCCACCCAGACUGCGUCACGACCGUCAAACAUUGGAUCACCAUCAUCCGAGCCCGCUUUGAAGAAGUGCUGACGUGGGCAAAACAGCACCAACAACGGUUGGCAUCUGCACUGUCAGAGUUGGUUACCAAUGCUGAGCUGUUGGAAGAGCUGUUGUCCUGGUUACAGUGGGCUGAAACUACACUAAUACAAAGAGAUCAAGAGUCUAUGCCAAAGGAAAUUGAACAAGUCAAAGCAAUCAUCGCAGAACAUCAGUCUUUCAUGGAAGAAAUGACUCGGAAACAGCCGGAUGUGGAUAAAGUUACAAAAACAUACAAGCGGAAGGCAGUGGAACCAUCACACGUGCGAGGAAGAAAACCUUUAAAUCAAAUGACUAAUCCACCCACACCCACGGCUAUUGCAGCACAGACAGAAGCAAAAAAUCCCCAGAUUAAUCUACUCUCCGGCAGAUGGCAGCAAGUUUGGUUACUGGCGCUGGAGAGACAGCGAAAGCUACACGACUGUCUGGACCGAUUGGAGGAACUGAAAGAAUUUGCCAACUUUGACUUUGAUGUGUGGCGGAAAAAAUACAUGCGAUGGAUGAACCAUAAGAAGUCCCGAGUAAUGGACUUUUUCCGGCGCAUUGAUAAGGAUCAGGAUGGAAAGAUCACACGGCAGGAAUUCAUUGAUGGAAUCCUCUCUUCAAAGUUCCCCACUAGUAAACUGGAAAUGACUGCUGUCGCUGACAUUUUUGACGGAGAUGGAGAUGGUUACAUCGACUAUUAUGAAUUUGUGGCUGCACUUCAUCCCAAUAAAGAUGCCUACCGGCCUGUUACUGAUGCUGACAAAAUCGAGGAUGAGGUGACUAGACAGGUGGCACAGUGCAAAUGUGCAAAACGUUUUCAGGUGGAGCAGAUUGGAGAGAACAAGUACAGAUUCUUCCUUGGAAAUCAGUUUGGGGAUUCCCAGCAGUUGCGCCUUGUGCGUAUUCUGCGAAGCACUGUGAUGGUCCGUGUUGGAGGAGGUUGGAUGGCAUUGGACGAGUUCUUAGUGAAAAAUGAUCCCUGCAGAGCAAGAGGACGAACCAAUUUAGAACUGCGAGAGAAAUUUAUAUUACCAGAGGGAGCAUCGCAGGGUAUGGCACCUUUCAGGAUUAGAGGUCGCAAAUCUAAGCCUUCGUCCAGGGCUGCAUCUCCAACCCGAUCAAGUUCCAGUGCCAGCCAUAGUAACCACAGUUGUACAUCUGUGCCUUCGUCACCCGCCACUCCAGCCAGCGGAAAUAAGACGCCCCAGACCUUCACACGUUGUUAUGACAAACCUUGGUUGACAAACAGUAAGGCUUCUACUCCCUCUAAGUGCCUAGACUCACAUGUGUUCCAGAUCCCCAGCAUUGAGGUGACUUCCGUGCAAGGAAGUAAACUCAGACGACCAAGCUACCACUCCAGCAAGGUCUCACUCAGUGGGGACAAUGGAAACGUGCCUACAGCCGCCAAGGCCAGCAAAACUGAUUCCAAAAGGACACCAAGCAGGCCGACAAGUCGGGCAGGAAGUCGUGCCGGUAGCAGAGCAAACAGUCGGCGAGGCAGCGACGCUUCUGAUUUUGAUGUCCUGGAGACGCAAUCAAUGUGUUCAGAUAUUUCCGAAUCCAGCACAGGAGGAUCCCAAGCAAGUUCGCGAAGGGGUUCCACAAAACCUUCAAAGAUCCCAACACCCUCAAAGAAAACCACGACCCCAAAAACCACAGGCACCAGAAGAUAAUACAAGUGAAGCUGUGGAAUAGUCCACACAAACCAACACACACACACAUACACACCACACACGCGCGUGCGACCAGAUGUAUAAUAUUCUACAAAAAGUACUGUUGUUAAGCAUUGUAAAAGAUUAAUUGUCGUCUAAUACUGCCUUAUCAUUGUACUUUCUCUGGUUUUUUUUUGUUUUUGUAAGUUAAAAGUUUUUUCAUGUGAAUAUUUAUGUAGAUAAAACAUCCAUGUUUUGUUCCCAUGGCCUCUGUGUCAGAGGGAAGUGAGAAUGCUUUUAAAGAAAAAGGAAAUUUAAAUGUGUUCGUGUUCUAUUAAAGAUUUGAACUACUGCUUUUUAAAAAAAACUUGCAUUUAGGAAAUGACCCUUUAAUGAGAAGUUGACUUGCUGUAAAGGCAAGACAAAUGCUGCAGUGUUUGUUAAGAAUCACGGAUACCUCACGGAGUAUUUAAGUGGGAAAAAAAAUGGAGCGAUGUACAGUUUUACUUAUUUUUAAGAUUGUUCAUUUUUUGCCUGCUGAAAGUUACACAAAUAAUAAUUAUGACAACAAGUGCACAUGCAAGUUGUAAAAGACUAUUGCUAUCUUGUAAGCAGUAUAAAGGACACUUUAAUAGCAGCUGAAGGUCAUUGUGGGCCACACCAGCAAUUGCUAGCAAGGCCCUUCUCACUUUUUUAUGCUGCUUUUUGUUCAUAUGAACUGACCACUGGGGCUACAUGAGCAGCAGUAUUUAUAUUCUAUUGAUAUCUAGUCUGACCAUGUCGCUAUGUGAAUCCACAAUUGAAAUUGUACCAAUGAGUCAAACGUUCAUUUUUUGUAUUCAAAAACAAAUGUGCUUGCAGUAACUUAAAAAAAAAGAUUAAGUACUGCUUUACUUGUCUCGGUGGUCUUUAUUCAUAAUUCAGCGAGGUGGUGUCACGGGUAGAUAGGGGCGUGAAGAAAAAUUUCGGCACAUUGGCCUUCAUAAAUCAAAGUAUUGGGUAUAGGAGAUAGGAUGUUACGUUGAAGUUGUAUAAGACAUUGGUGAGGCCUAAUUUGGAGCAGAUUUGGUCACCUACCUACAGGAAAGAUGUAAACAAGGUUGAAAGAGUACAGAGAAAAUUUACAAGGAUGUUGCCAGGUCUGGAGGGCCUAAGUUAUAUGGAAAGAUUGAAUGGGUUAGAACUUUAUUCCUUGGAACGUAGAAGGUUGAGGGGAAAUUUGAUAGAAGUAUACAAAAUUAUAAGGGUAUAGAUAGGGUAAGUGCAAGCAUGCUUUUUCCACUGAAGUUGGGUGGAACUACACCAUGAGGUGAUGGGUUAAGCUUGAAAGGUGAAAAGUUUAAAGGGAACUUGAGGGAGUGCAGAGGAGAUUUACAAGGAUGUUGCCUGAAUUGGGGAGCAUGCCUUAUGAGAAUAGGUUGAGUGAACUUGGCCUUUUCUCCUUGGAGCGACGGAGGAUGAGAGGUGACCUGAUAGAGGUGUACAAGAUGAUGAGAGGCUUUGAUCGUGUGGAUAGUCAGAGGCUUUUUCCCAGGGCUGAAAUGGCUAGCACGAGAGGGCACAGUUUUAAGGUCCUUUGAAAUAGGUACAGAGGAGAUGCCAGGGUAAGUUAUUUACGCAGUGUGUGGUGAGUGCGUGGAAUGGGCUGCUGGUGAUGGUGGUGGAGGCAGAUACGAUAGGGUCUUUUAAGAGACUUCUGGAUAGGUACAUGGAGUUUAGAAAAAUAGAGGGCAAUGGGUAACCCUAGGUAACUUCUAAAGUAAGUACAUGUGUGGCACAGCAUUAUGGGCCGAAGGGCCUGUAUUGUGCUGUAGGUUUUCUAUGUUUCUAUGUAACUUAUUCAGUUGGACUGUGCAGACAGUGUGGGAUGAGCUGCCAGCGCAAGUGGUGGAUGCCGGGUCAAUUUCAACAGUUAAGAGAAGCUUGGAUAGGUACAUGAAUGGUAGGGGUAUGGAGGACGAUGGUCCCGGUGCAGGUCGCUGGUAGUAGGCAAUGUAAAUGAUUCAGCAUGGAUUAGAUGGACUGAAGGGUCUGUUUGUGCUGUAUUUUUCUAUGACUGACUCUAUUCAAGAGAUUGAAGAUUCUCCCUGUGCUGUAACAUAGUUUCUGUUUAGAUUGGUGCAUACGUUAGAAUUAAUAGUGCAGAAGGAUUAGAAUUGUGCGAUUUCUGCAAGAGUGACUAUCUGAUCCCACAUACUAUUCUUAGAUGUAAGUAUGCCUACAUCCCUCAUGUUGAUGUCCAUAUAGAAAAUCUGAUUUGGAUUACUUAUGUGUUUAGCAGGAUUCUACAGCUGUUGGUAUAUAAAGUGCCAUCUACAGGAAUCUAAUAAGAAUAGGAAAAAAAUACUGUCAUUGGUAUCAAAAAAAAAAUGCUGGACUCACAGUGGUUUCCAACCUAGAAUCCAUGGACCCCUCAGUUAACGGUAAGGCUCCAUGGCAUAAUAAGUUGUAGGGAAUCCUUGUGAGGGGCGCCCUGUGUCAGGCAGUUUCUGUAGAGACAAGGGGAUGGUCAAAAUUUUUAGUCCAUAAGGUACAGGAGCAGAAUUAGGCCAUUUGGCCCAUUGAGUCUGCUCUGCCAUUUCAUCGUUUCAUCAUGGCUGAUCCAUUUUUCCUCUCAGCCCCAAUCUCUUGCCUUCUCCCUGUAACUCUUUGUUCCUGACUAAUCAAGAACCUAUUAAACUCUGCCUUAACUAUACCAAAUAACUUGGCCUCCACAACUGCCUGUGACAAUGAAUUCCACAGAUUCACCACCCUCCGGCUAAAGAAAUUCCUCCUCAUCUCUGUUCUAAAAGGAUGUCCCUCUAUUCCGAGGCUGUGUCCUCUGGUCUUGGACUCCCCCCACUAGAGGAAACAUCCUCUCCGCAUCCAUUCCAUCAAGGCCUUUCACCGUUCGAUAGGUUUCAGUGAGGUCACCUUCCACAUUGACCAGAAAUAUCAAGUAUCUCUGCUCCACACAGGUGCUGCCCGACCUGCUGAGUUCCUAUAGCGGCUUGUUUUCUGCUUCAGAUCCCAGCAUCUUCGAUCUCUCGUGCCCUCACUAUCAUUGGCAUUCAGAACUGGCAAUCGAACACUACAACACAGUACAGGCCCUUGGACCACAAUGUUGUGCCGACCCUUUAACCUACUUUAAGAUCAAUCUAACCCUUCCCUCACACAUGGCCCUCCAUUUUUCUUUCAUUCAUGUGCUUAUCUAAGAGUCUCUUAAAUGUCCCUGAUGUAUCUACCUCUAGCACCCCCUUGGCAGUGUAUUUUGUGCACCUACCGCUCUCAGAAUGGGUGGGGACGAAACUACCUCUGACAUGGCCCUCCCCAUACUUCUGUCCAGUCACCUUAAAAUUAUGCCCCUUCGUAUUGGCCAUUUCCACCCUAGGAAGAAAGGUGCUAGCUGUGCAACCUAUCUGUGCCUCUCAACAUUUUGUACACCUCUAUCAAAGUCACCUCUCAUCCUCUUUCACUCCAAAGAGAAAAGCCCUAGCUCACUCAGCCAAUCCUCAUCAGGCAUGCUCUCUAAUAUAGGGCAGCAUCCAGUUAAGUCUCCUCUGCACCCUGUCCAAAGCUUCCACAUUCUUCCUAUAGUGCGAUAACCAGAGCUGAACCCAAUACUCCCAAGUGCAGUCUAACCAGAGAUUUAUUAAGCUGUAGCAUUACCUCGUGGCUCUUGAACUCAAUCUGGACCAAAACAUAAUCUGCUGGAGGAACUUGAUGGAUCAAACACCAUCUGUGGGAGGACGGGGAAUGUCGAUGUUUCAGGUUGAAACCCUGACUCGGGGUUGAGCGGCGGGGAAGAUGGUAUUAAUAGGAGAGAAGAAAUGUCAAGGCAGAGACCGGAAAAGUCACCAGCAAUCAUUAUAGUUCUGGUUUUCAUCCUUCAAAUUUUAGUGCACUUUUGCUUGCAAGAUAUCUAAAGUACAGCCAGGAGUCAAGAGAAUCUUUGUCAUGAUAUUUGCCUCAUUCAAUGUAGCAUGUGCCUUAUAUAAAUGGUUAAAAAGAAGUUACAUUAGACUGUAGCCAGUUGAUUAUAUAGUCAAUAGUAAAGUCUAUUGUAGUGAUGAUACUUUAUAUAUUUGCAAUUAAUUCAGACAACUAA